AUGCGCUUGGACAAUUGCAAUAGCGACACUCGUCGUAUGAUAAUAAACACUGCGCUAGCCAAACACGAAGCGAAGAUUCUCGAGGACAAGAAAAAAGCGGGAAACCAAGUAAUGGCGAAAUACAAAAUCAUAGCAGCAGAGAUGAGUUUGAAAGAUGCGAAAAGCACCAAUACGACGACACCCUCCUCUGUCGCCACAUACCCGCCAUUCUACCGUCAGCCCUGGGAGUAUGACAGCUCACUGCCGUACGAGUAUACUUAUGGGCUCUCCCAGUCCCAAACUUCUCAGCCCCUUCCCAAGAUCAAUGAUCCCACGAAGCCCCGUCCCCAAGGCGUUGAUCCAAAGGACCCGUUAGCCAGCAUAUACGCUUACGCCACACCUCCCAAGAACCCUUCUGACUCGAAGGCGGCCGGCUCUACUGCUCGCAAGGAUCCUCUUGAAAGCUUGUACGUUUAUGCACGUCCUCCGAAGAGCUCCAGUGAGUCCAAAGACAACAGCCGCCAGUUUAGCCGCAGCCUCUCAUUCGGACGUGCUGGCCUGCGAUACCUGUUUUGGCAGAGCGGAGAUGUCUACUAG